UUCACCCGACUCUAGGGGUCUGUGUGGUGACUCCCCACCUCUUGCCCCCACCACGCUCCUCCUCUCAGAACGAAUCCUCUCAGAAGAAAUCAACUGCAACAACUCACAAACAAACCCACACACAGUCAUAGACACAACCCCUCACUGACACACAGUGACACAGACACACACAUGCACACACACAAGAUAUACAGAGACCCACCCACAUCCACACAACUCACACACACUCGCAAAGACACACCCAUUCACACAGAUUCACACACGCACACACUUACACACAUCAGUUCAGCAUUUCAACGUGCAGACACGCGAAAAGGCGGGAAUCCAAGCCCGGGUCCCCCGGUUUACUGUAGUCGGACCGCUUGCGUCUGACUCGCCCCGGAGGACCGACGCCAGGGGGCGCGCUGGGCCGACUCGGCCGCUCUGUCCCCCACCCCGCACUCUCCCUUCCAGUCACGGCCCACAGCCAGCGGGGAAGGCGGAAGCCGAGGCGUCCCGGCGGGCAAUCAGUCUCCGGGCGGCCUGCGGACGUUGCGGCGCGGCCUUGGGGCCGGAAGGCUGGCGCCUGGGGCGGCCUGGCCUCGGAGCGAGGUGUCGGUCCUCUCCUGGCGCUUUGGCUGAGCGGAGUCACCAGGUUCGCCUUGUUCGGCGGCCCAGCACACUUGAGCGGUGAGUCGGCCUCGGUCGCCUCCUGCCCGCAGCGCAGGCCUCUUCCAGCAGAGCACUUGGUAAUUAAAUUACAAUGAGUCUGCUAAACUGUGAAAACAGCUGUGGAUCUGGCCAGUCUGAAAGUGACUGCUGUGCGGCCAUGGCCAGCUCAUGCAGUGCUGCAGCCAAAGAUGACAGUGUGAGUGGGACUGCCAGCACGGGGAACCUUUCUGGCUCGUUUGUGGAAGACAUCCAGGGAUAUGAUGUGGAGUUCGACCCACCCCUGGAAAGCAAGUAUGAAUGCCCCAUCUGCUUAAUGGCGUUACGGGAAGCAGUGCAGACCCCAUGCGGCCAUAGGUUCUGCAAAGCCUGCAUCAUCAAAUCAAUAAGGGAUGCAGGCCACAAAUGUCCAGUUGACAAUGAAAUACUAUUGGAAAAUCAGCUAUUUCCUGACAAUUUUGCAAAGCGAGAGAUUCUUUCUCUGACAGUGAAGUGUCCAAAUGAAGGUUGUUUGCACAAGAUGGAACUGAGGCAUCUUGAGGAUCAUCAAGCACAUUGUGGGUUUGCUCUUGUGAAUUGUCCUCAGUGCCAACGUCCUUUCCAGAAAUGCCAAAUUAAUACUCACAUCCUCAAGGAUUGUCCAAGGAGACAAGUUUCUUGUAUAAACUGUGCGGUAUCCAUGGCAUUUGAAGAUAAAGAGAUCCAUGACCAGAACUGUCCUUUGGCAAAUGUCAUUUGUGAAUACUGCAAUACCAUGCUCAUCAGAGAACAGAUGCCUAAUCAUUAUGAUCUAGACUGCCCUACCGCUCCAAUUCCAUGUACAUUCAGUACUUUUGGCUGCCAUGAAAAGAUGCAGAGGAAUCACUUGGCACGCCACCUACAAGAGAAAACCCAGUUGCACAUGAGAAUGUUGGCCCAGGCUGUUCAUAGUUUGAACCUUGCUUUAACUCCCAUACCUCCACGUGAUGUGCCUCAGUACGAUGUUCCUUCUCAGCCCCGGGUUCCCUCCGGGUAUCCAGAGGGCCACAACUUCCAGGAAACUAUUCAGCAGUUAGAGGGUCGCCUUGUAAGACAAGACCAUCAAAUUAGGGAGCUGACUGCAAAAAUGGAAACUCAGAGCAUGUACGUAAGUGAGCUCAAAAGAACUAUUCGAACCCUUGAGGACAAAGUUGCUGAAAUUGAAGCACAGCAGUGUAAUGGAAUUUACAUCUGGAAGAUCGGCAACUUUGGGAUGCAUUUAAAAUCUCAAGAAGAGGAGAAACCUGUUGUUAUUCACAGCCCUGGAUUCUACACGGGCAAACCCGGAUACAAACUCUGCAUGCGCUUGCACCUUCAGUUACCAACUGCUCAGCGCUGUGCAAACUAUAUAUCCCUCUUUGUGCAUACAAUGCAAGGAGAGUAUGACAGCCACCUUCCUUGGCCCUUCCAGGGUACAAUACGCCUUACAAUUCUUGAUCAGUCUGAAGCACCCAUAAGGCAAAACCAUGAAGAGAUAAUGGAUGCCAAACCAGAGUUACUUGCCUUCCAGCGGCCCACAAUUCCACGGAACCCAAAAGGUUUUGGCUAUGUAACUUUUAUGCACCUUGAAGCCUUACGACAAAGAACCUUUAUAAAGGAUGAUACGUUAUUAGUGCGCUGUGAAGUCUCUACCCGCUUUGACAUGGGUAGCCUUCGGAGGGAGGGUUUUCAGCCUCGAAGUACUGAUGCAGGGGUAUAGCAACUUCUCAUUUGUUCAGAACAACUGUCUGAAGAAAACAGUGCCUUUCCUUGCUCUGUUCUCAAACAUGUCAAGCAGAAAAAAAGGGGUGGGGGGGGAGGCAGUGGGAAAGAUGGAAUGCCCACCAGUGAAUGUUGUUAGAAAGGUCACUUACCACUUCUGAUACAAGUGUCUGAGGCAGUUUUUCCUCGGGAAUCUACGCUUUGAAAUAGAUUCCAUCCGAAGUGCCUGUGGCAUGUGGCCGCAGCUGUUCCAUCAGUCAGUAUACCUCUCUUGUACUUUCAUGGGCUUUUUCUCCAGUAUGUUUCAUGUCAAAAAGUCCACAGACUGCUGAAACUCAAAUCUUUAGUAACAAUGGACUUUCCUUAAAACUGCAGCUUAUUUUUAUAGCGUUAUAUGUAAUAUAUUAAACAUGAGAAUCACUACUGCCUUGUGCUAGUGCCAGCGAGAAGGGUAACUGCUCUGGAGAGUUGAGUUCUCGUUUUAAUUGACCUCCUAUAGAUUUCAGAGGAUUUGAACCAAAAUCCUUGGAAAGCUUAAGUUCUCAUUUUCCCCCAUCCGAGGUGUCAACUAAGGAUAUUCAGGGACUAGUUUAAAACCCUAAAUACAACCUUACUUAUUUAGUGUAACAUGUUGUCUGUCACUUGUUUAAGUGGUCUAUUCUGCCUUAUGUUUCCUUGAGACCACAAAGUAGCAUUUCUGUAGGGUUUGUAACGUUGGGAACCAGCAAAUAUGAGCUGCUCAGGUUGUGUUCCUUGAACCCUUGGUCUGUUUAGUGCAGAGUGAAUUCCACAGCCUUGUACGUGUCUUCUGUUUUUACACGCAGUCACCAACAUAAAAAUGAAGUGAUUCAGCAUUGCUGGUGACAGAAGCUAGAUGCACAGAAAUUUUUCUGCUGUUUUGAAUACUCUCUGGUUUAGUUCAAUAGACCGAAAUAAAUUGAUUUCCUGAAAAGAUAAUUUCCUAAAACUUUCCAUCUUUGGAGGUGCCUGAGGGGUCACUAAACUGAGAUUGGAAGACAUGGUGGUCGUCUCACAGCCUUGCCUGAGUAGGUCCUCUAUCCAGCAGGUCGCAGGAGGGGCCUGUGUAAUAUACUGAAGUAGCCAGAUGUUCCUAACAUGGAUAGGUGGGUUUUCUGCCACUGUGUAUUUGUUGAAGGCCUGUAGAUGUAAAAUGUGCUGGUAUCUAGUUCUCAGAGCCCCACAGCUAGGCACUUAAAAAGAAUUUAAGAGGUUCCAUCCACGAUGCUGUCUACAUAAGGUUUUCAAAAGCUGUGUGGUCAUGAGAGAUGGUAUGGUACCUCCAGAGAGGCCAGCUCAGCCCCUGACCGGUGUUUAAGGGGAAGCCAAGAGUGCUUGUUUGUGGAGAAGAGUCUGGUUUGAGUUCCGGCAGCCCUGGCAGGUCUCGCCUUGGCCUUUCCCUUUCCUUUCCUCUCUCCCCUCCCUACCCACCCCACCUUUCGCUUCCCUAUCUGGUGAGUUUGUUACACAGUGACAGUAAGGUUGCUCACAGGCUGUGUGCCCUGCGCUGCGCUCAGCAUCACCACAAGGCUCACCUCUGGUUACGUGUGUCUAUGCCCCCUGACCGGUUCUGGAGAAUCAUGGCAGCACCUCCCUCACCACAGCGAAACCUGCACAGCUGCAUUCCUGUGGUGGUUUUUCAAUGAAUAAAUAAUUACCAAGUUCCACUGAAAAAGUAAAUGGUAGUUUUUAUUUGUAUACAAAAAUCCUGAAGGAAAUAUACUAAACUAUUUUUGAUUCCUAAUUUUCUUUGUGCAUUCUUAUUUUUAAAAAAAUAUUUUCUACAAUAAAUGUAUCCUUUUAUCAAAAAGAAUUAACUGUUGCCAUAAAAUAUUCUUAAACCCCUCCCCCCAGUGAAAAGGAAAUGGUAUUUAAAAGUUUCCUGGUCAAAUAUCUAUUAAAAGCAUGUCUGUGUAUCAGGUA